AUGAUAAAAACAUCUCAAUUGAUCAAUUUUAUUUCAAAAAGGGGAAUAUGUCUCACAACACCACGAGAAGGCAAAAGAAACUUUCGCAAGUUUGUAAUAGCUAACAAAAGAGGUUCAAGAUUGCACAAACAGCAACAAAUGUCUGCUAAUCCAGAGCUAGAGGUAGAUAAACGUGGAGUUCGUGAUGUAGGAUACUAUUUAAAUGGUCGAUUCGUCAAAGUUCCUGAGAUGGUUCCAGAAAUCAUAGUACCUGACUUAAAAGAUUUUAAUUUAAAGCCUUAUGUUUCUUACAAAGCUGAAGACGUUAUUCAAAGUGAAUUCACACCGAAACAGCUCUUUGAUGCAAUUUAUAGCAAAAAAAUUGUCACUGAUUACAAACAAGGAAAGUUAGAUGCAGAUGGUCAACCACUUGAACCAUCUGAAGAAGAAAAGUUACAACCUGAGGAAGCUAUUUCAAGAGCAAAACGAACCGGUUCCGAUAUAUUUUAA